UUGGCUCUAUUUUCAUAUCAUCAAGACAUCUUCACCAUGCAUUUGUUGUUUCAACCAUGUCCCUCAUUUGGUUUGUGUUGUUUUCCCAGCUGUAGGGCAUGAUGCAUUUUAACAGAUGUACACUAUGAUUUUCUGGUCCCCUAAUCUUUGGUCAUUAGUUGGAAGACAGAAUCAUGUGAUCCUUCAUAGUUAUGUUGCUCACCAGACUUCAUCAAGCUCUCCUGACCACUCACUUUAAAUUCUUGAGGAUUUCCAUAUAUUCUAUCCCCUCUAUAUAUACCUCAUAUAUGAUCAAGUUUUUCAACCAGCACAAGGAUCCACAUUUCUCUACAAUCAAAACUCACCUGUUCUUAUAGCCUUUUAAGCUUUCUUCUCCUUUUUGCAAAGAGCCAAUCCAUAAGAGAGUAUGGGUAUCCGAUUGCCUGGUGUUCUCCAAGCUAAGCAAAUUCUCCGCCAAUCUCUUCUGACUGCAAGUCCAGCAGCUGUAAAUGUCCCAAAGGGAUACUUGGCAGUUUAUGUUGGGGAGUCUCAGAAGAGGAGAUAUAUGGUUCCAGUAUCAUAUUUGAACCAACCUAAAUUUCAAGAGCUGCUACAUAAGGCUGAAGAAGAGUAUGGAUUUGACCAUCCAAUGGGUGGUCUUACAAUUCCUUGUGAAGAAGACACCUUCCUAAACAUUACCUCUCAUUUGACUAGUUUAUGAGAGCUUACAUGAAAAGCAGCAAAAAAAACCGAUCAUCAAGAAAAGUUUUGUAAAUUACAGAGAAAAUUACAUGUAUAUCCUUUCUUUUUUCCUUUUUUGGCAAAAAAAUUCCUGAAGGAAGCCAAAACUCCCCGUACCAUAAAUUAUGCAACAAAAAUAUUACAUUCUUUUAUCUAAAUUUUUAUCUUCUUGUUCCUUGCA